CCGAUUGCGGCUUGGAAUAGAAGGGUUGUUAAAUUGAUCUGUUUAAGUGUGAUUAGUGUAAACCAAAUUUUAAUAAUAUAAAUACAGACAGGAAGACGUGAACAGUGUGGGUGUCAUAAUGUGACUAUCAGUGAUUCUGCCAUGUAUUCACGGAAGUAAUAUUAAUCUUAUAGAGAUAAGGUGGUGUUUACUGGCCGAUUCGCGAUUUUGGCCAACGUUUAUUUGCAAUUUUUUUGUCAGUCAUUAAUGCUGUGCUCGCGGUUACUACUACAAAAUAUCACCUCAGUGUUUGAAGGAUCCAGGUCUCAUUCGUAAACAGAAUGUCUUGAAAAGAAGUGACAUCAUACGAAUGACGUCAUUUCAGUAAACAGGUUGGGAAGUGGUGUUUGACAUCGGCGGGCAGUUUAUUUGGUCUUGGAUGCACGAAGACAUGCUUGUUAUUUUUAUUUCAUGAAAAAUGGUAGUACUUGAACAGUACUUGCAGCUGUAUGAAAGAGAUUCACAGUUGGUAUCAUCUGCAUGGAAAACUUUCCACCUGUUUUUUUAUGUUAUCAUUGCUUUUAGUGGAAUUGCAGGAAGUUCUGCUUUUAGUCAGGUAGUACUGAGUUUCGGAGGUAAUUGUGUCUUGCACAGUAAUGUCACCUUCGUUACUGACAAAAAUGACAAUGGUUCAUCAUUUCUAAUUAUUGAUUGUGUCAAGUCAGAAUGGGGAAAACAAAGUGACUGCUCAUUUUGCCAGUAUGUGCCUGUUUGCUCAGUGAUUUUUUCAAUUGUAUGGAUAACUUUCUUUUUAAUGUGUGGAAGAGGAGGAAAAACUGCUCGAGGAUUGCCUCAGCCAUGGCGAAUUGUACUUCCAGCUUUGAUUUUCAACAUCACAUUUCUUGGAGUUGCUCUCGCUGCAGCAUGUAAAUUGCAAGAUGGCAUCAAUGUCUUUUGCAACUUUUUUCAGGAUGAUAUGGAUGAAACAAACUGUCAUGAUCUUGCCAGAUAUCAGCUGGUAGAAGGAAAUACAGGCUUGAUGACCUACAGGUACAUGAAGGCUGCCCAGAUCUCAGCAUGGAUAAAUGUGGCUGGGUGGUCAAUGAGUGUAAUAGUUUUGCUGAUGCGUUGUUUCUGUGCAGCUGAUUUUCAACUCAUUGAAAUUUCAGUCCUAGCUCCUACACCAGAACAAGAACAGGAUUUGUCACGAAGCCAAGACAGUAUUGAGGGUGGUUGUGAAGACAUGAAUGGUCAAGGUGAUGUACCUAAAGAAAGCCAAGCUUGAAUUCAUGUAUGUAUUGUUACAGUACAAGGCUUCUUCAUUUCAGCUUUUUUAAUUUUCACAUUUGAAUGCCUAUGUGAUUCCAUUCAUCUUUAAGGCCACAAAUACACUGAAACUCAACAGGUGAGAGAUAUAGAAUCACAUUCACAUUACCACAAAAUUGAAGAAAAAUGGCUGAAACAAUCUAAGACAAAAGAUAUUGUUUUUCACUCUUAUUUUUAACAGAAAUGUUAUAUUCAGGCACUUCAUUAUGUGGUUAUAUAAGAAGGUUAUCUCAGAUGUAAUGGCUCAAAUUUUAAAAUUUAGAAAAACUGUUGCUUACAAUGAAAUUACAGUGUAGAGAAGUAAUUUAAUUCAAAUGCAGUUGAACUAUGGCUGUAGUAGUUUAACAUGAGUUAAAGUCAAACUGUGUCAGGAAAUGUGGAUUCCAAUUGCAUUGGAUGUUCACAGAUUGACAUAUUAUUUGUUCCUAUUUUCUAUUUUGAGAUGCAUUUUCAUCACAAGUUUUCUGGUGGUGAAUAAAUGUGACUUUGUGAAAGAAGGUUUUGGAAUCUUAAGUAGCCAUAAGCCAGACACACGCUUGACCUUUGCUUGCCAUUUUACGUGCAUGUGUAUAAAAUCUGGAGAUCAGAGAGUAUGCAGUGAGCCACACAAACCAUUCUGUCUUUUUAAUAAUUUUCCCGUCAGCACACACUGGUGGCAUUCAAGGCAGCAUGAGUUGGUUUAGUGAAAUAGUAAACUGUAACAGCAUUGCGGUAACUUUGAAAGCCAAACAGAAGACACAAAAAAGAUUGAUGCAAAUGGUCAAAGCAGUAACUAUUGAAAAGAGACCAACAUUAUCCCACAUGAACAACUUAGCGUUACUGUCUGUUUUUAAUAAUGGACAGGAGUUAACAGAGUCUUGAAGUUUUCCAUUGCAGUUUCUUUACCUGCAUUUGGAUUAGUUAUACCUGAAAUGUAGCAGAAUCAUUUACAGAAAGAUGAGGAAAGAGAGUUUGAAGGUAAGUUUAGAUGUGGUCACUUAAGGAAAUGGAAGGAAAGUUCUUUCCAGAAUUCAGUAAAUCUGGGAACUUCUUGUAACUGCACAUAAGAAGUGGGAAAAAUACAGUAAAUCUGGGAACUUCUUGUAACUGCACAUAAGAAGUGGGAAAAAUACAGUAAAUCUGGGAACUUCUUGUAACUGCACAUAAGAAGUGGGAAAAAUACAGUAAAUCUGGGAACUUCUUGUAACUGCACAUAAGAAGUGGGAAAAAUACUGUCAUGUUGAAUUAGUGUUAGGGUUGGAUGUAUAUGGGUAAGAAAAUUAUUACAGUUGAAUGUGUGAUUUCAAAAGCAGCAUGAAUCCAAAAUGUACUAUGACAUGAUGCCUGAAAGUGAUAAUAGUAGAGCCAGAGAAGACAUUUGUUACUAGGCAAUAACACAGUGAACAGGUUUCUGCAGAUUUGAACAUGCAUGCAACAAUAGAACUGCCAUUUCUACGCAAUGGCUAGGUAAGCACACCUUUGUAACAAUAGAGGAAUUGUUGGGAAGUGGUGUUUUCUGUAGGGACCACCCUGAAACUAUAUAAUGAGGAUCCAAGGCCAGCAAAGAAAGAAUUGAGGGAGUCUCUUGUGAUGGCAGUUGAAGAAGAUUGAGAAGAAAUUGAGAGAAAAGAAUUAGGUUAUGCAAAGAAGACUUCAUGUGUCCUGCAUUCACAGGGAGACGGGUAAUUACUGUAUUAAAAUCCACUGCCAGGAUACAACUAGUGAAGACUUAGAACACACACACGUGUGUGUGUGUGUGUGUGUAACAGUGAACUGUAUAGUGUGGAAAUUAGUGCUAGUGCUGUAUUACUUAUAAUUAUGAGUUGAGUGUAUAAGUGCAAUAAAUACAACCAUCCAAUCCAAACCCUGUCUACAUUGUCAGCCCCAACAUGUGGCAAUGUAUUCUUUAGGAGACAGAAGAUCAUCUUGUCUUCAAAACUGUAUAUUUUGGUCAAAGAAUUUCAACUUCCUCCUUUUGUGUAUAAAAACAUUGAAUUUGUGAAAGGUAUUCUAAAUUUUAAGCAUUCAGUUUUAUGAAUUUAAAUAUUCAUAUAUGAAAAUUUCUCAUGUUUUUUUAAAUGUCAUUCUUUUGUUAGUUGAAAAGGGAACACAGAUGCCUCUUUAUAUUAGCUCUUUGAAGGUUUCUAUUUCACCUGCCCCCAUUUAUAUUGUCAGAGUAUGAGUGACUGUAGAUGGGGUUCAAAUUAGUAAUUGGAUUUACUGACCACUUACAGAUCAUAACUACAAGUAUUUAUAGUGCUUUUGCGAAUUCCCAGACUUUGCAGUUCACUACAGCAUGUACUAAGUUUCUCUGCUUAUGUCCUUACCAACUGACUAAAUUCUGGUCUUGUCCUGCUUAUGUCCCCUCAUCAUGAAUUGCAUAGAAAACACCCCUUCAUUAUUGUGGUUCAGUCAUUGCCAUGGGAACAAGUUUGUUUAUGAAGCCAUUACUCAGCAAAUGCUGCCAUAAAUGUGCUUAUU